GGAAAUCCGUGUUAUGUGGCUAGGCUAAGGUGAAAACGAAAGGAUCAGCAUAUCAACUCGAGCCUGUAGUCCAUCCUGGUGGAAAGACGGAGCUACAAUGAAAAACUGAACUGCUACCACAGACACACAGACCAGUGUCUCCAGUUUCCAGCUGUGUGUCUAUGAAGAGUGAUUGUUUCAUGGAUGGAUCUCGGAAGUUCAGCAGUGGACCACCACAGUCUGAUCCAAAACCACAGACACACAGACCAGUGUCUCCAGUUCCCAGCUGUGUGUCUAUGAAGAGUGAUUGUUCCAUGGAUGAACCUCGGAAGUUCAGGAGUGGACCACCACAGUCUGAUCCAAAUGUUUUCAAGAACCUCCUGACCCAGGAUCAGUCCACAUGUGGAUUGUGUGAGCAGCUGCUGUGUGACCCAGUCAUCACCAGCUGUGAACACAGUUUCUGCAGGCAGUGUAUCAGCAGCUACUGGAGCCAGUCUGGUCCAUCAGGAGACCACAGCUGCCCACAAUGCAGAAAGAGAUUCAGAACACAACCUCUUCUAAACCCUCCAGUAAAAAGGGCCAAACUAACAGAUGACCAUGUCCUGGCCAGAGUACUGAUGACCCAUAAAGCCAGUAUGAAGAGGAGGUUUGAGAGCAUAUGUGAAGGCAUCAUAAGGUCAGGGACUCAAACACUCCUAAACAAGAUCUACACAGAGCUUUACAUCACACAGGGAGAGAGUGAAGGGGUGAAUAAUGAACAUGAAGUUUGGCAGGUAGAGUCAGCAUCCAGGCCACAAACUACAGAGGACACAGCGAUCAACUGUAAUGACAUUUUCAAGCCCUUACCUGGACAGGAGAGACACAUCAGAACUGUGAUGACCAAGGGGAUUGCUGGCAUUGGAAAAACUGUCUCUGUGCAGAAGUUCAUCCUUGACUGGGCAGAGGAGAGAGCUAACCAGGAAGUAGAUUUCAUGUUUGUGCUUCCGUUCCGUGAGCUGAAUUUGGUCAAACAUGAUCAGUACAGUCUUCACAGGCUCCUGCUUGACUUCCACCCUGAGCUUAGGGAGGUACAGGAUGGUGAAUACAAAGACUGCCACAUUGUGUUCAUCUUUGAUGGUCUGGAUGAGAGUCGACUUCCACUCAAUUUCCAAGGCAACCAAAAGUUGUCUGAUGUGACACAAACAUCAUCAGUGGAUAUGCUGAUGACGAGCCUCAUUCAGGGAACUCUGCUUCCCUCUGCUCUCAUCUGGAUAACCUCCCGACCAGCAGCAGCCAGUCAGAUCCCUUCUCAGUGCAUCAGUCAGGUGACAGAAGUACGAGGGUUUAAUGACCCACAAAAGGAAGAGUACUUCAGGAAAAGGAUCAGUGACCAGAAUCAAGCCAAAAGAAUCAUCUCACACAUUACGGCAACCAGGAGUCUCCACAUUAUGUGCCACGUGCCAGUUUUCUGUUGGAUCUCAGCCACUGUCCUUCAGCAGAUACUGGAACACGAUGAUGGGAAGGAAGCCCCCAAAACUCUAACUGAGAUGUUCAUACACUUCCUGCUCAUCCAGACCACCAGGAAGAACCAGAAGUAUCAAGAGGAAAGUGAGACAGAUAGACAGAGGCUCCUGGAAGCACAUAAGGGUGUCCUAUUGAAACUGGCAGAGCUGGCGUUCAAGCAUCUGGAGAAUGGCAAUCUCAUGUUCUAUGAGGAAGACCUGAGAGAGUGUGGCAUUGAUGUCAGUGAAGCCUCAGUGUACUCUGGCAUGUGCACUGAGAUCUUCAGGGAGGAAUGUGUGUUUCACCACAAGAAGAUCUUCUGCUUUGUGCAUCUGAGCAUCCAGGAGUUUCUUGCUGCACUUCAUUUGUUUGUCUCUUUUCUGAACAUCACGUCUUAUUUUGACUUGUUUGAGUUAUUGUUGAGAGCAAUGGAUAAAGCUUUGGAUAGCAAGAAUGGACACCUGGACCUUUUCCUCCGCUUCCUUGUAGGCAUCUCAGUGGAGAGCAAUCAAGCCCUCUUACAAGGCUUGCUGACAAACACACACAGCAGCUCAGAGACCAUCAAAAAAACAUGUCAAUAUAUCAAGGAACUCAAGAGGAAGGACCCAUCUCCUGAAAGAUACCUGAACCUUCUCCACUGCUUAUUUGAAAUGAAUGAUCAUUCUCUACAUGAAGAAGUCCAAAAAUAUCUGAUAUCUCCAGAUGGCUUCUUAGGUGAAUUGUCACCUGGCCACUGUACAGCACUGGCCCACCUGCUUCUGAUGUCUGAGGAGGUGCUGGAUGAGUUGGCCUUGAGCAAAUACAGAACCUCAGAGGAGGGACUAAACAGACUCGUACCUGCUGUGAGAUGCUGCAGGAAGGCUGUACUUACGGACUGUAAGCUUACAGAGAAGUCCUGGAAGAUUGUGGUCUUAGCUCUUCAGUCUGCAAAUUCCCUCUUAAGUGAGCUGGACUUGAGUCAGAAUGACUUGCUAAAGUCAGGAGAAAAGCUGUUCUCUGCUCUUCAGAGUCCAAACUGCAAAUUGGAGACUCUAAGACUUGCUGGCUGUAAGCUAACAGAGAAUUCUUGUGAGAUUGUGGCUUCAGUUCUGCAGUCUGCAAACACCCACUUAAGAGAGCUGGACCUGAGUCAGAAUGACCUGCAGAAGUCAGGAGAAAAGCUUCUUUCUGCUCUACAGAGUCCAAACUGCAAACUGGAGACUCUGAGACUUGUUGGAUGCAAACUGAGGGGAAGAUUUCUGGCCUUGGCUCACCAAAGGGCAAACCCCCACUUAAGAGAGCUGGACAUGAGUGGCAGUGAGCUUGAGGACUGUGGAGGAGAACUACUCCAUCAACCAAUGAAUCAUCACUGUAAAGUCAGACUUAUCAGCUGUAGACUCAAAUACAGCUCCUCUGAGGUUGUGGUCUCAGUUCUGCAGUCAUAUAUUUCUCAACUGAGAGAGUUGGACAUGAGUGGUUGUGAUCUGCAAACUUCAGAAGAGAAGCUGCUCUCUGGUCUUAGAAACCCAAACUGCCACCUGGAGAAACUGAGACUUGUUGGCUGUAAACUGAGAGGAAUAUUUUUGGCCUUGACUCUUCAGUGGGCAAACUCCCACCUAAGAGAGCUGGACAUGAGUGACAGUGAGCUUCUGGACUGUGGAGGAGAACUGCCCCAUCAAUCAGCAAAUCAAGACUCUGAAGUGAGACUUAUCAGCUGUAGACUCAAAUACAGCUCCUCUGAGGUUGUGGUCUCAGUUCUGCAGUCAGAUAUUUCUAAACUGAGUGAGUUGGACAUGAGUGGCUGUGAUCUGCAAACAUCAGAAGAGAAGCUGCUCUCUGGUCUUAGAAUCCCAAACUGCCACCUGGAGAAACUGAGACUUGUUGGCUGUAAACUGAAAGGAAGAUUUUUGGCCUUGGCUCUUCAGUGGGCAAACUCCCACUUAAGAGAGCUGGACAUCAGUGACAGUGAGCUUCAGGACUGUGGAGGAGAACUGCUCCAUCAACCACAGAAUCAAGACUGUAAAGUGAGACUCAUCAGCUGUAGACUCAAACGCAGCUCCUGUGAGAUUGUGGUCUCAGUUCUGCAGUCAUACAUUUCUCAACUGAGUGAGUUGGACAUGAGUGGCUGUGAUCUGCAAACAUCAGAAGAGAAGCUGCUCUCUGGUCUUAGAAACUCAAAAAGCCAUCUGGAAAAACUGAGACUUGCUGGUUGUAAACUGACAGAGGAAUUCUUCGGGGUUGUAGCCUCUGCUGUGCAGCACAUGGUCUCCCUGACAGAACUGGACCUGAGUGACAAUCACUUAAACAUCAAUGAAAUUCAGCUUCUGAGUGCACUGAAAAGUGGCAUCAGCUGUAAGCUGCAGACAUUGAGGCAUGCCCGUGGAGAACUGAGAAAAUAUGCCUGUGAGCUCACAUUGGACCCAAACACAGCAUACAGACAUUUCUCUUUCUCUGAGGGGAACAGAAAGGUGACACAUGUGAGUGAGGAGCAGCCGUAUCCUGACCACCCAGAGAGAUUUGACUCCUACUGGCCUCAGGUGCUGUGUAAAGAGGGUCUGUCUGGACGCUGCUACUGGGAGGCUGAGUGGAGUGGUGGUGAUGUGGUUUAUAUAGCAGUGGCAUAUAAAAGCAUCCAGAGGAAAGAGGUGAGUGGGGAAAGCAGCAGGUUUGGAUAUAAUGACAAGUCCUGGAGACUGGAGUGCUAUGGUAACAGUUACUAUGCCUGGCACAAUAAUAAGGAGACUGCCAUACCUGCCCCCUCCUCCUGCUCCAGCAGAGUAGGAGUGUACCUGGACUGGCCAGCAGGCACUCUGUCCUUUUACAGCGUCUCCUCCAACACACUCACCCACCUGCAUACACUCCACUCCACAUUCAAUGAGGCCCUCUAUCCUGGGUUUUAUGUUUGGGCUGGCUCCUCAGUGUCCCUGUGCCAGAUCACAUGAUCUCCUAAUCCUGCAACAGAGAAGAGCCACACAUUCCUGUGUGUGUGUGUGUGUGUGUGUGUGUGUGUGUGUGUGUCGGUGUGUUCUUUCUCCUGCCUGCUCUCUGUUGCAUGUUCCCAUUGUUCCCCCUGAGUUUGCCGCUCCCUAAUAGCUCCCGGGAGCUUUGGGAGAGUAUGGGCAGGUCUCAAUAUUGUGAGCUUAAAUUCCCUUAUAUAACAAAUUGUUUCUCAGGUUCAUUUGCGGCACCUUCGCGGCACUUCAGCAGCUUAGGCUUUGUGGUCGCAGGCCCUUACUCGCAGUUUCCCAAACGUUAACAAAGUAGCUCUCACAAAAACUCUUUGGAAGUCUCAAUUAUUUGCUAUAAUUAAGGGGAGUAGGUGGCUAUAUGAGCGGCCCCUCUCCUGACGUGUAGUAGGCUGAUAAGUAGCCUAGUCCGUUUGCUAGUGAAUUUCAUUGAAAGUGAAAGUUUUGAUCAGCUGCGUUCUAAAGAAUGCUUGAUUCAAGUUCAGUGUUAGCCUGAUGUUGUCAUACUCAAAUUCUAGUCAGAAUAUGAGUCUGAUAC